CUCUCUCUCCCGCGUCACGUGACACGUCAGUGGGCGACACCUGCGCGCCCAGCUUAGCCGCUAUCGCCGUGCGGCGCAGGUGGCAUAUUACCACGGGACGCACCCUGAAUCACGGACUGGAAGCUCGAGCACCAGGAGAGAGUGUCUGCAGGUCUAUACUCUGCCGCACUUCAGAGGCUUUCAGCAUGAAGGAGGACAUUUCCUGGUCCACUGUGGAUUGCAUUUAUUCAGCUGUGUGAGCUUGUGAAUCAAGCCUCAUGUAUCUGACUAAUCCAGUCCUGCUUUUUGCACCAAACCGAAAAGUGUGAUGUCUUUAUGACCUUCAGCGUGCUUGCUUGGAUCAAUGGAAGACUUCUAUUCCUCUGACGCUCCAGCUGCAAAGACACAUUUGGGCACUCUGAAUUUCCUAAGUGCUCUGACGCCUGACAAUGACACUGUUGAGCAGUGUUACAGGGCCAGGUCCCGCAGCACUGUCCUUCAAGGCCUUCCCUUUGGUGGUGUCCCUACUGUGUUGGCACUCAACUUUAUCCUGUGGCUGGUUCUUCUUUUUGUGUUCUCCUGCCUUAGGAAAGCAGCUUGGGAUUAUGGACGGCUCGCCCUGCUCAUGGAUAAUGACAGCCGUGUCUCUCGCCGUCGCUGGAUGUCCUAUGACCUCACAUCCCUCUUUUAUGGAGAGCAGAGUGAGAAAGAGAAGUCACCUUCUGAGUCAAGUCCAUCAGAGGCAGAAAAUAAAGACUUGGGUUUCUGCUCAUGGCUGACGUCCAUCUAUCACAUGAAAGAUGAAGAGAUUCAAAGCAAGUGUGGGAUUGAUGCCAUCAUCUACCUCUCUUUCCAGAGGCACAUCCUGGUCCUAAUGGUUAUUGUGUGUGUGCUCUCCAUUGCUAUUGUCCUGCCCGUCAAUUUCUCUGGGAACCUUCUGGGGGACAGUCCUCAACAUUUUGGGAGAACAACAAUAGCAAAUGUUCCAGCACAGGACAAUUUACUCUGGUUACACAGUAUUUUUGCACUGUUGUAUUUCAUCAUCACUAUUCUCUGCAUGGCUCAUCACUCUGUCCAGCUCGAGUACAAAGAAGAUGAGAAGGUGGCUAGAACUCUAAUGAUCACCUCCAUUCCAAAAGAAAUUUCAGAUCCUGGACUCAUCACAAAACAUUUUCACGAGGCCUACCCCAGCUGCACUGUUACAGACGUUCAAUUCUGUUAUGAUGUCCGCAAGCUGAUGAAACUGGAUGGAGAAAGACGUAAAGCAAUGAAAGGGCGUCUCUACUUCACUGCCAAGGCUCAGAAGGAGGGGAAGAUAAUGAUCAAAACUCACCCCUGUGCUCAGAUCUUCUGUUGUGACAUCUGCGGCUUUGAACAGGUGGAUGCUGAGCAGUAUUACAGUGAGCUGGAGGAGAAAUUGACAGACGAGUUUAAUGCCGAGAAGAACCGCAUUACUCUAAAGCGCCUUGAGAUGGCCUUUGUCACCUUCCAGGAUGAGAGGAUGACUGCUGUGAUUGUCAAAGAUUAUAGUCAGACCCCUUGCCGCCAAAGUCUACAGCAAUCUAGCAUUACAACUGUUGUCAAAUCCUACAAGUGGGGGGUGCAGUAUGCCCCGGCACCCAAUGACAUCAUCUGGGAGAACCUGUCAGUUCGAGGUACCAAGUGGUGGAUCCGCUGCAUCCUUGUGAACCUGUGCCUGUUUUUCCUUCUCUUCUUCCUUACUACACCUGCCAUCAUUGUCAACACCAUGGACAAGUUUAAUGUCACACGGCCAGUGGAGAGUCUCAGGAACCCCAUUGUGACACAGUUCUUCCCUACAUUAUUGCUUUGGGCCUUCUCUGUUCUUCUGCCAUUCAUUGUCUAUUAUUCUGCCUUCUUGGAGUCACAGUGGACCAGAUCCAAUGAGAAUCAGAUGACGAUGCACAAGUGCUACUUUUUUUUGGUUUUCAUGGUCAUCAUUCUGCCUUCCCUCGGCCUUUCAAGCUUGGAUUUGUUCUUUCGGUGGCUUUUUGACAAUAAGUUUCUUGAUGAGGCUGAUAUCAAGUUCCAGUGUGUAUUUCUGCCAGACAAUGGCGCUUUCUUCGUGAACUAUGUAAUCACGUCCAGUCUGAUCGGGACAGCCAUGGAGCUCCUCAGAAUUCCAGGCCUUCUAGUAUAUGCAACACGACUGUGUUUUGCUAAAUCUGAGGCAGAGCGUAUUCAUGUUAAAAGGAACCAAGCUUACGAGUUCCAGUUUGGUCUGGAGUACGCAUGGACUAUGUGCAUUUUUGCUGUGAGCAUGACUUAUAGUAUUACGUGUCCCAUCAUCGUCCCUUUCGGUCUCUUGUAUAUGAUCCUUAAGCACUUGGUGGAUCGAUACAACAUUUACUACGCUUAUGUGCCAACAAAGCUAAGCCAGCGCAUCCAUUCAGCAGCUAUUACCCAGGUGAUCGUGGCACCAAGUCUCUGCAUGUUCUGGCUGCUCUUCUUCUCAGUUCUGCGGUUAGGACCAGUUCGCCCCAUUACUCUCUUCACAUUUGUUGCGCUGCUUUUCUGUAUCACGUUCUCACUAUUUGGGUUUUGUCUGAGGAGAUUCCAGCCCAAGAAACCAGUCAGCUACCAGAUGUCAGAUCAGCACACAGAAGGUAUCUUUACUGAUACAGAGAGGUGCAGUGUCUCUUCCACACCCAACUCAAAUGUGUUUGUUGCUUCAGUGCUUCAAGAACCAGAGCUGGGUCUGACCCCAAUGGCAUCUCCAGCUCAUCACAGCUAUGGCACCAUGGGAAACAGGACUGAAGGUUCACGACAUGAAGAGGAGAAUCAGCCUCAGACUUUUGAGACAGACUAUUCCACAGAGCCGUUGGUUGAGAGUGAAAUCGGAUACCAGUAGCAAUGAUUGUAGGCAACAGUACAGUAGGACAAAGAAAUUUUCUAUUCGCCCAGUGGCCUCUCCCAUGAAGACAAGUCUGCCAGUUGCUCUGAAAGGUCUUGGUGGAGCCUCAUUUUGCAUGGCACGCAGCCUGUAGCCACAGCCUUUGGAAAACUGACCCCUGCAACACGGUCACUCCAGCAAGUUAAGAUAUGGGCUUGAAUGAGUGAGCUGGGCAUCAUGUUUGAAGAUUUCCUGCAUUCUUAGAUAGACUUCUUUUACGUUCAUGGAAAGGGAUUUAAUUUUUAACUCUUACUCUUGUCUUGCUUCUGUCCUGAGCAACCACUUCAGAGCUGCACCGACUGAAAUAGUGUCCACAGUAAAAGCCACCACUGCUUUUCUCAAAGCCAGCAUAAGACUAGCUUCAUAUGUAACACUUUCUCCCCACAGGCUGUUUGUGGGAGAGCUAAAAGUAUUCUGCAUUGAGACGCCUACUCCAUCGUUUUACAUCUGGAUUGGCCAAAACAGCACCAAUCUGAGACCUCCCCUGCACCGCACAUUAUACAUAUGGAAGAGCCAAAAAGCAUGAAAUAACUUAAAUGUACAUCUUUGGAACAGUCAAAAAGUGAGCAUGCCAAGACUGAAACAGCCAAAAUAUCAAAAGAUAUGGAAGAGCCACCAGCAUGCCAUUCAGGAAAUACCCAUGUAUACAUAUUAGCCACAAUCUACAUAUGGAAUGGCUAAGAGCAGUCUGAGACAUCCUCCCACACAGCAACUCUGGAAUAACUAAACAGACACCAGUCUUCCCAUAACAUGUUCUGGUGGAGCUUAAAGCACACCAGAUUUACCACCCCACUGCCCUACACUCCUUUUCUAAAGCAGAGUAUCCAUCUAAGAAAACUGACCCCAUACCACAUCUGGGAGAGUUACAAGGCACUAGAGUACCACAUACCUAGAAUGCACAUCAUAGAGAACCACACACACAGAUACAGAACCUUGGUACCACGACUCUCACAAGUGCUGUUUACAUUUUCAGGAAAAAUGAACUGAACCUUAAUGCAUGUUUGUCUCCUGGUCAAUCAGAGUCAUAAUCCUCAGAAACAAAUGGAAAAGGUCAAAGGAAAACUUGUUUUUGCAUUUUUGACUAUGUCUCUUUUUAAUAAUUAUGCAACAUGUCUAGGAUUACACACUCACACAGUGCCUCACUGAUCCAGAAUUCUGAGUUUAGUUCUUUGAGCUCUUUGACUUAAUCCCACAUCUGAAAAACGUGAGAUGCUAAAUGUUUGCUGACAGCUCUGAAAUAGUCCCUGUAUGAACAUGUGUAUGUGUUCUUCAGUUGACUUUAUCCAUGUAAUCGAGAGAGACAAUUCAGAAAAUGAGUUGUGUGUUAAUGUAAGUGGCUGAUGGAGACUUGCACAGAAGUAUCAAGAGAUAUCCAUCCAUUUUCUGAAGCUGCCUUUUCCAUUUCAGAACAUCUUAGGGUGCACUUAAACCCACACACAUAUCAGGCAAAUGCAGAAUGACCUGUUAACCUAAGGGACAUCUAUGACAUGAUUUCAUCAUGUCUGGAGAAAACUCAUGCGGAUGGUAAUCCAGACAGCAAUGGACCUCUGUCUCUUGGAGUUCAGACAAUAGCUCUUGCCACCCAUGGUAACCACUUUAAUAUGUGAUGACUGCAGAUUAUUUGAUCAUGUUUUGUGGAAUUAAGAUCAACAGAAGAUCAUUUUGAAAUAUGGAAGGAGAAGUAAUUAUCAAAGCUUUUUUUUCUUGCAUUUGCUAACAUUUUUCAUAUUUGAACUGCUGCCUACAUUUUCUUUUGCUCCUAUGUAUUGAUGCUCAGGUCUUACAUUACCAUGAGGCCUGAGGAACUAAUGAGAAUCAUAUGGACAUGAGGAACAAUUCUCCCCUUUGUUGGACACUGCACUCAACAUGAACAGGCCUGUGAUUCAUUUUCAAAACGAUAAUGAAAAAUUCAUAAUCUCCUCCUUUUCUGGCAUUUAGUUCCAAGUGCCAUCUUAAUGUGUUUCAUAUUUGGUAGAUUUAGAAAUGCUGCCAUGUUUUUUUCUGAAAGAAGUUUUAGAGAGUGACCUUAUGAACAUUCGUGACCUUCUGCCUCAGUUACUCCAGUGAAUGCCAAGGAUGAAAGCAGUUGUGGUGCCUUGCUCCUCUGUGUUCCCCCAGCCUAAACCGUAGGGGAUCCUGAGACUUGCUGCUCUUUGUAACCUUUCUUUUAGCUUCUCUGUGCUUAUGUGGCAACUGAAAGGCUGAAUGUCUGACUCCAUCAUACACUGUCUUCUCCUUUGUGGAAAUGGGCGCAUCCCAGAUCUCUUUCCACGCAUACAUCUUAUCCAUACACCACCCCAUGAUGCUCUGGCUGUUUGUACCUGCAUAGGUUUUUUGAUAGUGUGGCGUGGAUCUUUCUAAACCUAACCCUGCACUCCACCAGUUUUUGAAUUGUGCUAAAUGUCCCCACACCCCAGAAAAAAAAAUAGCAGAAAGUCACAUGGGACUUUCUGAGUUAUGGCUGUCCGUUUCUAGAUGCAGUUUGCCUAUAACAGCCGUUGGAGAUGAUGGGUUAUAUCUGAGAAUAUUCCAGAGCUAUCCAGCUUGGUUCUUUGCACGUCAACGCCCUUUAUGACACCUAGUAGUGUUUAUCCAACACCUCAUUAUUGAGAAUCAUGGGGGUACCCCAGGUGGUGCUGGUGUUCCAACUCAACUUCCUAUCUUUGUCUUGACCAACUAAAUUUCCUAAGGGUCACAAUAUGGUCCAUCCAUCUUUGUUGAGGUUGCACAAGGCACUUUUUCUGGUUUUGCAAAGCACCAUGUUGACCAGCCCCAAAAAGUCCAAUCGAGCAGUAUUUUAAGUCAAACCCGUGAGCCUCUCCAGUUUCUUGAUUUCUUUUAUGUAGGACUGUUUGAUUUCUGUGCAUUAGAAGAGCCAACCGCGAAGCUGUUUCCAUUUAGUGUGCACUGAUUGUCCAUCUUUGUUGUCUUCCUUAACUUAGACUCGCUAGCUUUUCCUGUUUGUAUAGAUCAUCCUGCAUCAUGCAUUUCCUCACGUUAGUUAUGCAUUUACUAAUCAAGUCACAUACUUCCUGUGAGAGAGAUGCUGUUUCUUAGCAUGCCAGGGGUCUGCCCACCAGCUUGACUGGCAACUCUAAACUGGCCCUGUGUGACUGAGCUCGAGCAUUUAAAGAAUUGUGCUGUGCAGUUGAAUGGGGCAACAGCCAGAGCUGAUUCUUGCCUGAGUGAUGCCGGGAGAGACGCAAUGACUAGAACUUUAAAAUUGAGUUAAGCUGGUUAAGUAUAGGGCGGCACGGUGGCGCAGUGGGUAGCGCUGCUGCCUCGCAGUUGGGAGAUCUGGGGACCUGGGUUCGCUUCCCGGGUCCUCCCUGCGUGGAGUUUGCAUGUUCUCCCUGUGUCUGCGUGGGUUUCCUCCGGGCGCUCCGGUUUCCUCCCACAGUCCAAAGACAUGCAGGUUGAGGUGGAUUGGUGAUUCUAAAUUGGCCCUAGUGUGUGCUUGGUGUGUGGGUGUAUUUGUGUGUGUCCUGCGGUGGGUUGGCACCCUGCCCAGGAUUGGUUCCCUGCCUUGUGCCCUGUGUUGGCUGGGAUUGGCUCCAGCAGACCCCCGUGACCCUGUGUUCGGAUUCAGCGGGUUGGAAAAUGGAUGGAUGGAUGGAUGGUUAAGUAUAUUUGUGGAUGAUAAAAUUAUAAACAACCCAAAAAAAGGUCCCAGUGUUUCCAAAAGAUUCCAAUUAAGCCAACCCAUAAGAUGAUGAUUUUAUGUUUGGAGAGUCAUUCUUUAGAGGUACAAGUCGCCACUCUGUAGUUUGCUCUCUUGGUGUCUACAGGCACGUUGAAGGUGGACAUUGUGUCACUACUGGAUGUAACCAGUGAGAGUGUCUUUCUAUUUGCUGCUAAUAAGUUCUGUUUUUUAUCAGUGGCAGAAAUUAGAGCACACUAAAGAGAAUCUGUAAAACCGAGACAAGCAAGGUUCAGUUGGUUGGGCUACCAUUGAUAAAAUAGUGAACCUGAAAUCGUGGUCAAAGUGCAUAGUUGGUAAUCUGACAUUCCUAACAAUUCUUUUUAUUGAUGAUCUUACUUUUAUUGUUUUAAGUAUAAAGCAGACAGUAUUCUGUCCAUCUUUUAUUUGGAAUAUUAUCAAUUGACAGAUGCAUAGUGAGACAUUGCAAAGGGAAAGCAUCCUUGCAAGCCUAAAGCAAUGCAGAAUAAUAAUAAAACAUUUUGUUUAUUCGUAGGCGCCUUUCUAAACACUCAAGGACACCGAACAAUAUAUAAAACAAACAUUUUAUCAAAACUAAAAUACAGACAGAGCAGUUUUAAGUUUAGAUUUGAAAAGUGAGAAUGAUUCAAUAUUUCUAAGCUCAGAUGGUAGUGAGUUCCAGAGCUGGGGAGCAGAGCAACUGACUUCAACAACAAAAACAAUUCAAUAAUUUUAAAAAUAACAAAACAGAAGAAGCUAACUUGAAUUGAACCCACUGACGAUCCUCACAACGCAGGUCUGCAGCUGGUGUUUGUAGCACUGCUUUUGAUAUUUUGUGAUUAUUUGCGCCCUAAAACAAUUGAGCAACAAUUGAAAAAAGGUGGACUACCUAGUGGCUUUCUGGGACCAAAGUUGAUGGGUUGCCAUUUCUGACCCUUGGGAAACUUGCUAUUAUUACAUAAAUUCAUCUUUAAAGAAAUCUGCUUUUACUACAGCUGGUGAAAUGUUAAGAUAUAAAAGAUCAUUUUAAGAAAAUUGGUUAGAAGUAAGGAAGAAAGGAAGGAUGUUUUUUGGAACUAUAAAUGGUCUCGGACAGAUGCAAGAUUAUUCUUGUGUGAAGUACCUCUAAUUUACUGUCAUUUUUGUCAAGACUUGUAAGUCUUUUCAUGUUGUUAUCAUUUUAUUUAGCUAGUGUAUAUUUUUGUUUUUCAUGGGCAUGUAAUUUUUAUGUUUGUGGGAAGUUAUCCUUUGGACUGAAGCUGGUGUUCUGUUCUGCUCCCCCUCCAAGAGAAAUGUCAAAGGUAUAUGUGCUUAAAGCAAAAAAAAAAAUUGAGGCAAUGUUCUGCUGCCACAUUUAAUAAAAUUAAUUUUGAAAGAUAA